AUGGGCUGUACACAGUCUCACGAGGACGCGGAUGCCAAGGCCCGCAAUGCCGAGAUUGAGGAGCAGCUCAAGCGCGACCGCCAGAACAUGGCACGCGAGAUCAAGAUGCUUCUGCUCGGUGCCGGAGAGUCGGGCAAGUCGACCGUUCUGAAGCAGAUGCGACUCAUCUACAACAAGCCUUACGAUGCCGAGGAGAGGGAUAGCUACCGCGAGAUUGUCUACUCGAACACUGUCCAGUCGAUGCGCGUCCUCCUCGAGGGUGUGGCCCUCAUGGACCUGGACAUUUCAUCCAACAACAAGCCCCGCUGGGACAUGAUCAUGUCCGCGCCCGUCCUCAUCGAGGGCGACCGCUUCCCCCCCGCGCUCGCAGACUCUGUCAAGGGCCUUUGGAGCGACGAGGGUGUCCGCGCCGCCUUCAACCGUCGCAGUGAGCUCCAGCUCAACGACUCGGCACCAUACUACUUUGACGCAAUCAUGCGUAUCUCGCAGCCCAACUACAUGCCCACUGACCAGGACAUUCUGCGUGCACGUGUCAAGACAACCGGUAUUACCGAGACCCACUUCCAGAUCGGAGACCUCAAGUACAAGCUCUUCGAUGUCGGUGGCCAGCGUUCAGAGCGUCGCAAGUGGCUCGGCAUCUUUGAGUCAGUCACCGCUCUUGUCUUCUUGAUCGCCAUCAGCGAAUACGACCAGAAGCUGUACGAGGACGAGACCGUCAACCGUAUGCAGGAGGCCAUGACCCUGUUCGAGUCGGUCGCCAACUCGCGAUGGUUUAUCAAGACCUCGAUCAUCCUGUUCCUCAACAAGAUCGACCUCUUCCGCGCCAAGCUCCCCGUUUCCCCCCUCGCCAACACCUUCCCCGAGUACCGCGGCGGCGCCGACUACGACCAGGCAUGCGCGUUCCUGCUCGAGAAGUUUGUCGGCCUUAACCAGAACCCUUCAAAGUCGAUCUACGCUCACUACACCGACGCGACAGAUACCCGUGCGCUCGCUUUCGUUAUCAGUGCUAUCAACGACGUUAUUAUCCAAGUCAACCUCCGCGAGUGCGGUCUCCUUUAG